AUGAAAGUACUUCGCCUGAAAACGAGCAGUUUAGGCGAUCUGUUUUAUGAUGAAACUGACGCACUUAACGAGACGUCGGAAUGGUUCAGAGAAGCUUGGAGUCCAAUUGUUGGAAAAAACAGCCGCGACAAAGUGAUCUGCCAUGCGAACUAUAUCAUUCCAGGACAUGGAAAACUGUUCAAAGUUAGUCAACGCAUGAAGGAGAUGGCCAGUUGCAACAAAACACUCAACUCCCCAACGGAAGAGCUACAUUCAACAGUUCAAGUAUACUGUUUUUACUGA